UGCGCAGGCGCGAGGCCCGGCUGCCCGCGGAGCUGUGAGCCCGCGGGCCCAGGACCCUGCUGCUCGCCAUGGGCCGCCGGAGGGCAGCUCGCGGGCCGGGGGCCGAAGACGGCCGCGCUCGACGCCCCGCGGGCCGCUCCCUGGAGGCCUUCGCCGAGGAGGUGGGCGCCGCGCUGCGUGCGUCCGUGGAGCCAGAGGCGGCCGAGGACGAGGGCGGCCCGGGCCCGGCGCGGCUGCCCUGCGCGCUGGCCAUGUGGGAGCUAGGCCAUUGCGAUCCCCGGCGCUGCACUGGCCGCAAGCUGGCCCGCCUGGGACUGGUGCGUUGCCUGCGCCUGGGCCAAAGGUUUGGCGGCCUCGUACUCAGCCCCGUGGGCUCCCAGUACGUGUCUCCUGCAGACAGACAGUUGGUAGCACAGUCUGGGGUCGCUGUCAUUGACUGCUCCUGGGCCAGACUGAAUGAGACACCGUUUGGGAAGAUGCGGGGGAGCCACCUGCGGCUCCUACCCCACCUGGUAGCCGCCAACCCUGUGAACUAUGGCCGGCCCUGCAGGCUGUCCUGUGUGGAGGCCUUCGCUGCCACCUUCUGCAUCCUGGGCUUCUCAGACUUUGCUGUCCUUUUGCUGCGGAAGUUCAAGUGGGGCAAGGGCUUCCUAGAUCUGAACCGCGAGCUCCUGGACAAGUAUGCAGCCUGCAGUGGCCCAGAGGAGGUGUUGCAGGCAGAGCAGGAGUUCCUGGCCCUUGCCAAGGAGCACCCAGAGGAGGAGGAAGUUGAUCCCUUUGACGUGGAUUCAGGGCGAGAGUUUGCAAAUCCCAACAGGCCCAUGGCUGGCACCCGGCUGCCCGUGGACAGGGCGGACAGCAACAGUGAAGAUGAGUCUGAGGAACUCAGGCCUUACCCUGAGGACGGGGGAAGUGGCAACAGCAGCUGCCCUGACGAGAAGGAGCUGCCACAGCAAGGGGCUGAGGCCAGGGUCCCCACAGAGAUUUGGAAAGGAAUCAAGAAACGGCAGAGAGAGUGAAAGCUGCAGACAUAUAUAUUUUUGGAGGCCGAGUGACAAGAAGCUCUAGAGAUGACAGCGGGACUUGUGGGAACACACACACGGGCCUGGCAGCCUCAGCCCCUUGCAGCUGUCAGAGGACCGGACUCUUGUUUGUUCUCCCAGCGCUUCUCACACAAUCUUGCUCUGGGUCCUGCCGCAGAGACCUCCCAAUGAAGCUGUAAGCCAAGGAGA